AUGAUUGCAGCGAGAAAUACAUCCGGUGCGAUACACGAUGAUAAUUUGGAAACAUUUUCUCUUAUUUGGCUUGAUGCAAAUAUUGAUGCAACUGAAGAAAACAAACGUUCCCAACAACAACUCCGUGCAAUCAUCAAUCGUCUCAUCACAUUUCAUGAUGAAGUCGCAUGCCAAAAAUAUAUCACAUCUCGUUCUGAGCAAGAUCGAAUCGUUCUUAUCGUUAGUGGCAGAUUAGGCAGAGCGCUAGUUCCUAAGAUUCAUCAUUGUAUACAACUCUCCUCGGCUUACGUCUAUUGCCAAGAUAAAAACAGAAACAAACAAUGGUCUGAUUCAUUCGCUAAAGUAAAAGGUGUGUUUGUUGAAAUUGACGAGCUCAUUCGUGAAAUCAAAGCACAUCAUAUAUAUCGAGGAAAACUGGAUGAACCAAUGUCUAUGAAUAUUUAUAAUGUUAAUAUUGAUGAAAACCAAUCAACAACUGAACUCAAUGGUCGUUUUAUUCAUUUUCUAUUAUUAAUUGAUGUUCUUAUUCGAGUGAAAUUUAAUGAAAGUGAUAAACAGAAACUGAUUACACGCUGCAUUGAAGAAUAUCAUGGCAACGAUCCUCAAAUAUCGAUUAUCCGCGAGUUUGAAUGUGACUAUAUCGCCAGAAAAGCUCUGUGGUGGUAUACACGUGAUUCAUUUUUAUACAACAUGCUGAAUAAAGCUUUGCGGACUCAAAACACUGAACUAUUAUUUUUACUUCGUUUUCUAAUUCGCGAUAUUUAUCAACAACUGAAGACAACUCAAUGUCACGAGAAGAUUCGUGCGUAUCGCUAUCAGUCAAUGUCUCAAGAUGAACUGAAGACUCUUCAACGAUCCAUUGGCCAUUUUAUUUCGAUUAAUUCGUUUUUUUCCACCAGCGCUCGUGCUGAUAUAGCAUUAAGAUACGCGGAUCAUUCCACAGCUUCAACUGAUUUACAUCGAAUAUUAUUUGUGAUCGACGCUAAUGCUCGUCUAGUGAAAUCGAAACCAUUCGCGGACAUCAGCUCGCUUAGUUACUUCAGUCAAGAAUGUGAAAUAUUAUUUAUGGUUGGAUGUAUAUUUCGUAUAAAUAAAAUUAAUUGGAGGCAGAACGAAAACAUCUGGAUAAUUGAAAUGCAAUUGGCAAGCGAUGAUGAACAUGAUCUGAAGAACCUUUUUUAUCAUUUGAAAAAAGAUUAUGGAGGUGACGAAGAAGAAGUUGAUCUUAUAUCCUACGGUGAUGUUUUGCAUCGUAUGGGAAAAUAUGAUUUAGCAAAGAAAGUAUAUUCGGAUUUGCGCAAAACAUGUUCAUCCAAUGAUACUUCAUUUCCCUCCUUAUGUUUCUCACUUGGCCUGUCAUAUAGAGAAAGUAAUGAUUUCAAUCGUAGUCUACGAUGGUUUCAAAAGGCAUUAGACAAUAAAAUGCAUACAGAUCCAAAUGACCAUGCCAGUAUUGGUGGUCUUUACUGUUCCAUCGGGAAUAUUCACCUUGAAAAGCGUGACUAUACAGAAGCAAAGAAAUUUUAUGAAAAAUCUAAGGAACGCUACCAGCGUGAUAAUGUCGCAAAUCAUCCAGAUAUAGCUUAUGUGUAUCAUGGCCUCGCUUGUAUACACUAUUCGAAAAAAGAAUACUCAGACGCAAUGAACUACUAUAAACAGUCGUUGGCUAUUCAAGAUAGACAUCUACCUGCUAAUCAUCCAAAUAUGGCUAUGAACUACAGCAGCAUAGGUGAUAUUCAUCGUCGUCUUUCGCAGUAUUCAUUAGCCAUGGAAUUUUACAAAAAAUCGCUUGAUAUCCGCGAAAAAUCACUACCUCCUCUACAUCCAGAUAUUGCUGCCAGUUAUCAAAAAAUCGGCCUACUAUUUGAUUUCAUGAGAAGAUGGACUGACGCACUGGAGAAUUAUCAAAGAGCAGCUCUUAUCUAUCAUCAGGCUUUAUCGCCUACACAUCCAAAAGUAAUUAAAACCGACAAAUAUAUUCAGCGCGUCGCUUCAGAACUGAAAUAA